CACUCCCUAGUAGAGGGCAGUAAACCCCCACCCCACAGAUAAAGAAAGUGAAGAAAAGGGGAGAGUCCCUUUCACCUCAUCGACCAGAGCUCAUCAGCUCAGCUGCUUUUCCACUCAUCUUCCUCCUCCUCGUCCUGCUUCUGAUAAUGUAGUGUGAGAAGAGUGAGCCCUGAGAAGCUAAAAAAAACAAGAAAAGGAGAAGCCUUUAGCAAAAGGGCUGAUUUGUUCUUUGAUUCUUGGGGAGCAAAGAGCUCAGCCUUCUCCUUCUAGUCUGAAAGAAUGGCUCUGGGUCGGUUAUGGGCAGUGCCCCUCAUCCACAUUGUCCUGCUGCUUGGCCUGUGCUCUGCUGAUGAUCCCUUCGUCUUCUUCGACUUCAAGGUCUCCUACAUCACUGCCUCUCCCCUGGGUGUUCCUCAGCAGGUUAUUGCUAUCAAUGACAAAUUCCCCGGUCCCCCCAUCAAUGUGACCACAAACAACAAUGUCGUCGUCAAUGUCCAUAACAAGUUGGAUGAGAGUCUUCUCAUGCACUGGUCGGGAAUUCAACAGCGUCGUAGCUCAUGGCAAGAUGGAGUCCUUGGCACCAACUGCCCGAUCCCUUCAAAGUGGAAUUGGACAUAUCAAUUUCAGGUGAAGGACCAAAUUGGGAGCUUCUUCUACUUUCCAUCCAUCAAUUUCCAGAGAGCUGCCGGUGGCUAUGGUGGAUUUAUAAUCAACAACAGGCCCAUAAUUCCAAUUCCAUUUGCGACUCCGGAUGGUGAUAUAGUGAUUCUGAUUGGUGAUUGGUACAUCAGGAAUCAUACGGAUUUGAGGAAGUCCCUUAAUGGAGGGAAAGAUCUCGGUAUGCCUGAUGGGGUUCUUAUUAAUGGCAAAGGCCCCUACCAAUACAACACCACUCUUGUCCCCGAGGGGAUUGACUACGAGACGAUUACAGUCCACCCAGGAAAAACUUACCGCAUUCGCGUUCACAAUGUCGGGAUAUCAACGAGCUUGAACUUUAGGAUCCAGAACCACAACCUUCUUUUGGUUGAGAGCGAGGGUUCCUACACGGUCCAGCAGAACUACACGAGUUUGGACAUUCAUGUUGGCCAGUCUUAUUCUUUCCUUGUGACCAUGGAUCAGAAUGCAAGCUCUGAUUAUUACAUUGUAGCAAGCGCGAGGUUCGUGAACGAAUCGCUCUGGCAGAGAGUUACAGGGGUCGGGAUCUUGCACUACACUAACUCAAAAGGGAAGGCCUCGGGCCCACUUCCAGAUGCCCCGGAUGAUGAGUUUGACAAAACCUAUUCCAUGAACCAAGCGAGGUCAAUCAGGUGGAAUGUAACUGCAAGUGGAGCCCGUCCAAACCCACAGGGUUCUUUCCGGUACGGGUCAAUCAAUGUAACCGAAGUGUAUGUUUUGAGAAACACACCUCACGUGACAGUCAAUGGGAAGCGAAGAGCUACUCUCAGUGGCAUCUCCUAUGUCAAUCCUACCACUCCCAUUAGGCUCGCAGACCAGUACAAACUGAAGGGAGUAUACAAGCUUGAUUUCCCUAAUAAACCGCUGACAGGCUCAGCUAAGAUGGAGUCAUCUGUCAUUAAUGGGACGUUCAGAGGGUUCAUGGAAGUGAUUUUUCAGAACAAUGACACAAAGAUGCACUCGUACCAUAUGAGUGGCUAUGCUUUCUUCGUUGUUGGGAUGGAUUAUGGUGAGUGGACAGACAACAGCAGAGGCACGUACAAUAAGUGGGAUGGGAUUGCCCGCACUACAGUGCAGGUCUACCCGGGAGCUUGGACAGCAAUCCUGGUCUCUCUAGACAACGUUGGUGUCUGGAACCUGAGGACAGAAAAUCUCGACUCAUGGUACCUUGGACAAGAGACUUAUGUCAGGAUUGUUAACCCAGAGGCUACCAACAAAACCGAGCUUCCAAUCCCUGACAAUGCUCUCUUCUGUGGCAAACUUCAGCACCUGCAGACUCCUCAGGACAUAUCUUCAGCGACUACAUUCGGAGGCAACCGACUAAGCUUUGUGUUCACCCUGCUAAUGAUAUUAUGUGCUCUCAUUCCCAGUUUUCUCUGCUAAAAGACGGCCAGUUUCAUCUGCUGUUAUGUGUGCCAAUGACGAUCAUAGCUUCUCACCCCGAGUUUUCCUAUCUUAUCUUGGGUUGAAUCAUUGCGAGUGUUUUCAGGCUUGUAAUUCUAAUUCUUGUCCAUAUGAAGUUUUUCUGUGAUUUCGAGCGCAGCAUUCUUUUCUCCCACCAAUUGCGGAUCUUGUAGACGAGACUACUACCACGGGUUCCUUCUUUCAUUAAUUUAUUGGGAUCUAUCAUUCUUUUGA